AUGACCACCAAAAUUUCCACCGCCGCUGGCACCACCGCCGCAAUUUCCAGCACCGGUGUCAGUCGCCAGCGGAAGAUGACCGUCGACAGAGAUAUGAACCGUAAACUUUCUCAAACGGGGAAGUUGAAAGACACUCUAAAUUUUAGCACAAAAUAUAUGAGGAAGUUCAUUCUAUAUGCUCAGAAAAGCCCAGCCAGCCAGACCGACGGAGACCGAGACGCAGCCCGAGAGAGACCGCACGAGACCGAGGGAAGGAGCCAGCCAGCCAGACCGACGGAGACCGAGACGCAGCCCGAGACAGACCGCGCGAGACCGAUGGAAGGAGCCAACCAGCCCGACCGACGGAGACCGAGACGCAGCCCGAGAGAGACCGCGCGAUACCGAGGGAAGGAGCCAGCCAGCCAGACCGACAGACCAGACAAAACCUUAGCCAGUCCGACGGAGACCGAGACGCAGCCUGAGAGAGACCGCGCAAGACCGAGGGAAGGAGCCAGCCAGCCAGACCGACAGACCAGACAAAACCAUAGCCAGUCCGACGGAGACCGAGACGCAGCCCGAGAGAGACCGCGCGAGACCGAGGGAAGGAGCCAGCCAGCCAGACCGACGGAGACCGAGACGCAGCCCGAGAGAGACCGCGCGAGACCGAGGGAAGGAACCAGCCAGCCAGACCGACGGAGACCAACGCAGCCCGAGAGAGACCGCGCGAGACCGAGGGAAGGAGCCAGACCGACAGACCAGACAAAACCAUAG